AUGACGAUACUUGAAGACAGCGGCCCCCGACAGCCAGGCAGAAAACGCACCAGCACCUCAUCGGCCGCACAAGACGCUAAACGUAUAGCUAACAAAGUGUGCCGUGUGUGUGGCGACAAAGCCUUCUCUUACAACUUCAACGUAAUCACCUGCGAGUCCUGCAAAGCUUUCUUCCGGCGGAACGCCUUCAAAGAAAACGAAAUCCGGUGUCCAUUCAACGAGGAGUGCGAGAUUACCACAUUGUCCAGACGAUUUUGUCAGAGAUGCAGAUUGGUCAAGUGUUUCGAGGUUGGAAUGAAAAAAGAGUGGAUCAUGUCCGACGAAGCUCGACUUGAAAAGAAGGCCCGGGUUGAAGAAAAUCGCGAACGACGUCUGAAGGAAGCUAUCGCCCGGGGAGACGUAGACGAAGCACAGGUUCAAUGCGGAAAGAUCAGCAGCAUCAAGCAUGCCCUCCGCCAACGUAUGAGCAGUGAAAAACCAGAAGACAGAGAUGAUCUCUCUCUAUUCCAGAAUUACGCAAGCCCCGACAGCGGUGACAAACUGAGCGUACCGUCCAUUCCGUCAAUCGGCUCCAUCGGAACACCGCAAUCAAGCAAUUCUGGAGACAACAAUUUUAUGACUGGGACCCCAAUGCCGAAUAUUGUCCCCACCACCACUUCUCAUCACGACACAUUCCAUACUAACACCCUACAGCCUCAACAUUCUCAACAGCUACUUACCGAGCCGCUGAGCAAUGUGGUCAAUCAAGUCAUACACAUGCCGAUUAGCGACUUCAAUCUGAUCCCGCCUCCAAGUAUCUCAUCUAUUCCUGCACAAAAUGUGCUGUCUUUUGCUGACACCUCUAGCAAUUGUGUCAACAAUGUCUUGAGUUCGCCGCCGAUGGGUACCAACAAUCUGUUGCUGGCUUCUCAAGACUUUGCUGCCAAUAACCCGACCCUAGCCGCCACGGCUGCUGCCUCGGCGUUGGCCCAAGCACAACUGGUUGUACAAGCACAGCAAACGGCACAGCAAAUGGUUGAAGCAGUCGCCAGCCUGCCACCUCACCAGCCGUUGAUACCGCAACAAAUUUCACAGGCACCACUAUCCAGCCUGGCCCAACUUCCACCCCAAAUCAACUUGCCAACGGCACCACCUAUCCCCCAUGUCGUCAAUCUUCCUCCACCUCAACCCGAACCGGAGAUGAUCACGAUUUCCAAGGAAAUGUUCCUGAAGCUCGUCAACGAGGCUGGAAAUAAGGACAUACAUCACAGGCACCAGAAAUGCACCUGCGAUUGCCGAUGCGGAUAUUAUCCCAAGGAGACGGUGAUCGUUGAUCAGGUGUUGAAAGACGUCGAACGGGAAGAUGGUCGUGAUAACCCAUUCGAGAUCAAGAAUGAAGGCGAGGUCAACCAGGCGUGCCAAGAUACCGCCGAUGAGAUGCAGCGCAAUUUUUUGCUGCCCUCCGAAAAUUCGACGGUCAGCUGGCUAUCGCAGGGACUGCCGACUAAUUUGGAUGGCAGCCUCUCUGUUCGCUCAGGCGACGACUUCUACGAUAUCUACUCUCCGCCAGGGUUUGAUUCAAUGCUUCGCCCUCCACCAGUCAAUUACGACCCGGACUUCUGCGAGUUGCACGAUGACGACCGUGACCUGCUAAACAAUCUGCUAGCCGCGAACAAUGCGACCUGGGGGAUGCAGCUUGAAGGGAAAGAGAAGCGGCGUCACGAGCAGACAUUGCCAAGCAAAGAAAACAUGGUCAAUAUGGCAGAGGGCGCUAUUCGAAGACUUGUGAAGAUGUUAAAGAAGGUCGACGUCUUCCACCAGCUCACCGAAAAGGACCAGAUGGAGAUAAUCAAAAGAAACUCGAUGCACUACCUCGUCCUCCGCGGCGCUAUGGCCUACGACCCUGGCGAGAACGCCUGGAAGGGGCCCACGCAAAACAGCGGGUUUACGAUCAAAAUGGACGCGAUGCAGUCGUCAGAGAACCUUCUCGAACACAGCAUCCGAUUCUACACAACGUUCAAAGACUCCCUACGCUCGAACGAAUCGGUGAUGCUCAUCCUCGGGCAGCUCCUCCUGUUCCGUGUUGAGGGCGCCGGAUAUGAGGGUCCAGAGAUCUUGAACGAGAUUUUUGGCCGCUACAAGAGGUGCUUGAAGAGGCAACUUUACCAAAUCAACUGCGGCGACAUCUACCGUACUCGGACCGAUUUCAACAGUCUCUGGGCGAAGUUGGACCAAAUUAAGGAAGUCCAAAAACGUGCGCUCGGUAUGGUACGUGGAGUUGACGCGAACAACAUCGACCCGCUUCUGCAAGAACUCUUCGCAGCUGACCCAUCAACGCCAGCCCCCGUCACCCAUUCCAAGUCCCGAAAUCAUCCCAAGAUAUCAAAAACUCCCUACACCAUCCGU